AUGGGUGAGGCAAACGGUUCUUCCAAAUGUACCCUCCAUUGGACAAUCCGUCUGUCCUGGUUAAGGCUACCUCCACUUGCGUGUGACGGUCACCGUGCUGACGACAGAUUUACUUCUUCCAAGGCUAUCGCCGCUCGGUCCAGAGACGCAUCCAUCAGCCUAUUAUUCUCUCUGUCCGCAUGGCCAGGACUCUCCAGCGCCCAUUCAGCCGGUUUCUGGAUUGUCCCGAUUUCAACUGGACAGUAA